CGUACAUUGACCAAACUUGUCCAUGGACACGGCGACGGCGGCGGCGUUCACGUUGCUGUUGGUGCAAGACCAUCUCAAGCACCAUGGGAUGUACGACACGUUGGCAGCGUUCUCCAAGGAACUCGUGGCCAAGGCCGUGUCUGCAUCCCCCGACGUGUGGUACGACAUGACCCACGCCAUUGGAAUCCAUGGCCUCCUGCAUGAAUACCCACACGAGUCGACGCUGUCGGCACUCGUGCACGUCGGCGUCAUUGAAAGGCAGACCCGGCUUCGCGCCACCACUCCAUCUGUCGUUCGCAUCACGCCAAAGACAAACUGUCGGACCUCCACUGUUCUGCCAGACAACUACGGCCAUCUGCCGUCGUCCGCGUCGUCGCCGUCACUGCGACCGAAAUCGGCGUCGGCGGCCGUAGUAGCCACGUCCACCUCCACACCCACGUUAGGGCGGAGUGUAUUAGCCACUCCAACACGAGGCCAAGACCACCACCAUCAUCGGCGCAGCCCGACCAACGACCAACUCGACGGGGGCGACAUGCGGCUACUCAAGUACAUGAAUUUGAAACAGCGGGAACCCCGAGCGUCGUUGCCACAGCUCAAAGCGAUCGAGGCAGCCAAGAAAGAAAUCUUGCUUGGCGCAUCACCAUCCGCAAUCAACAAGAUCGCGCCAGCUCCGUCGCCAUGUUGCUCGUCGUCGUCGUCCAUCGUGGAAACCACCGCCGCGCCGUCUCAGUGGAUAUCCGACGACGUUCGCAUGCGCCAAGUCCGCCGAGGCCUCGCACAUGUCCAAGAAGAGCUCCACGUGCACAACACGUACGAGAUGGUGCUCAAACAUCAAGGCAUCGGCAAGACCAUUCCGCCGCGGCCGAAGGAGCGCGCCGUCCUCACGUGCACCCUGUGUCUGCAUCCGUUUCAAAAGCAGAACCUUCCGCACCAAGUGCCGUACAAAGCCGUGAUGGACCUGCGGCGGUCGUGGGACCCGCACAUGAAGGAGCUCAAUCCAACUCGCGCCCGACCUCCCACCUGCUACGAUAUGGUGCGCAUCUGUGUCUUUUGUGCGCAGUUCGUCCAAGAGUCCGACCGAUACAGGCCCGCUGACGGUGCGGCAGCGACUGUCGCCGCGACAGAUGGCAAGUUGGCGUCUAUGACCAGCGCGCUGAUGCGGCGAUCGUCUACGGUGUACGAGAUGGCGACGAACGAUCCCUUCUCGUGCGACCCCAUCAUGGAUGGCGACGACGACGGCGACGUCGAGUCCUGCACGUCGAUGGACAACCACAACUCGGUUGGUGGCGUAUUUGGCAAGAACAUUCGAUACCAGAUGCAGAAUGCCCGCACUGUGCGCAACUUGUCGAAGGCAGAAUGGGGGGUCAUCACAGCCAAGCAGCACAAGCAUCUGUCAGAGUACCGUGGCGACAAGGGGCCGACGAUGAUGCCCUUGAACGCAGAUGAUAUUCGACGAUCGCCUGUGUCCAUGAAAAGACUUCUCAUGGACGCCACCAAGUUGGCGCCAUCGAGCGAGACUAGUUAUUCCGGCCGCCCAUCGCCGGUCUCUACAGACCGGCGCCACACGACAGACGAAAUCAGCAACAAUUCCAAUCGCUAAACGUCAACUCGGGAACAUGUGUUGUGUACGUACACUGAAAGGGAUGGUAAUCAUAUUAAUACGAAGCAAUGAAAUGAAAAGUCACACAUAACUGUCGACGCUAGUUUACUUCUUGGACUUCUUGGGCUUGUCAGCGGAAGGGGCCGCUUCCUUCUUUGCGACAUAUUCGGCCUUGGCCUUGGCGGCGGCGGCGUUGAACUUAGCCUUCUUCGCCUCCGGGAGGGCCUUCCACCGUGCACCCAAUUCCGAGAUCACUUCCUUGGCCCCCAAGUCAGGUUGUUCCUUGACCAAGAUCGGGCGUUCUUCAGCCAUGAACAAGAAGUACGCAGUCAACGGGCGCUUUUCCUUGGGGGUACCGUCGGCGUUUUCCUUGGAUACCUUGCGCUUGGGGGCCUUCUUGGCGGCCACGGCAGUCUUCUUGACCUUCUUGGUCACCUUGGGCUCAUCUUCUUCCUCGCUCGAGUUGUCGAUGUUGCGCUUCUUAUCCGUGGGGUCGAAUCGCUCGACUUUGGUCACGUUGCGGCCGCUGCGAGUGCUCAUGGUGGUGGCUAUUUGGUUAUUGACCCCAGCCUUACCGUUUGGUGCCC